CGCGCACCUGAUAAGUCAGCUGACAUACUCGAGUGACUUUUCGCCGCAGCUUCAGUGGGGAAGAAGAAGAAGAAUCGGCUGCAGCUGUCUGUUGACCCUAAGUACAAGAGAUUUUCACACGCUGCUGCCGGCACGGGAACAUGACAACUCUAAAUCUGUAAAGAAAAGAAAAAGAAAGGACGGGUCGAGGAGCAAAGCCGCUGCGUUUUUAGAAAACUACACGUCGCUGUGCAGCAGUAAAGGAAAUACAAUCCGGAGAUGACGCCGAAUGGAAGAUCACUCCUUAACAUUAUUAUUUUGGGCUUUAGCUUUAUGUUUAUAUUCACUGCCUUUCAGACGUGCGGUAACGUUGAGCAAACGGUCAUCAAAAGUCUAAAUGCUACAGACUUCCAAGGCAGUGGAUAUACUAGUCUGGCUAUUAUUUAUGGCGUAUUCUCAGCUUCCAACCUUAUUUCCCCCUCCGUUGUGGCUAUUUUAGGACCACAGAUAUCCCUGUUUUUAAGUGGACUGGUUUACAGCUUCUACAUUGCAAUCUUUAUACACCCUCUAACUUGGACAUUCUACACAGCAUCUGUACUGGUUGGAAUUGCAGCUGCAGUGCUCUGGACUGCACAAGGGAACGUGCUGACCAUCAAUUCCAAAGACACGACAAUCGGCAGGAACAGUGGCAUCUUCUGGGCUUUGCUACAGUUCAGCUUAUUCUUUGGGAACCUAUACAUUUACUUAGCUUGGCGUGGAAAAUCUCACAUUUCAGACGUUGACCGCCGGACAGUUUUCAUCAGCCUCACAGUCAUCAGUCUGGUUGGCGGCUUCCUCUUCUUCCUCAUUCGGAAUCCCGAGCCACUGAAUGAGCCAUCUGAAAGCACCGACUCGCUGCUCAAUGCUGACGUAGAAGAGAGCAACAACAGCGCCGUCCAGUCUGCAACACUGGGGCGAACCUCUCAGGCAGUCGAGGCCUUUAAAAAAGCACUCCAGGUGUCUGUGAAGAAGGAAAUGUUGCUGCUGAGUCCCUCAAUUUCAUACUCAGGUCUGGAGAUGACGUUCUUCAGUGGGGUGUACGGGACUUGCAUCGGAGCCAUGAAUCUCUUGGGAGAUGACGCCAAAGGACUCAUCGGCCUGUCUGGUAUCUUUCUUGGGAUUGGAGAGAUUCUGGGCGGAGGGGUAUUUGGCAUGCUGAAUAAGUGCAGUCGUUUUGGGAGGAACCCCGUUGUCCUGCUGGGUCUCAUCACCCACUUGCUUGCCUUCUACUUGAUCUUCUUGAACAUUGCUUCAGAUGCCCCCAUUGCCCCUGAGGAAGGCACCAACCAGCAGGCCUACAUGUCACCCAGCACGGAGGUGGCACUUUUGUGUAGUUUCCUACUGGGAUUUGGUGACAGUUGUUUCAACACCCAGCUGCUGAGCAUUGUGGGCUUCACAUUUCCGCAGGACAGCGCCCCAGCCUUUGCUGUUUUUAAAUUCAUUCAGUCCAUCAGUGCGGCUGUGGCUUUCUCUUACAGCAACUACCUCCUUCUACACUGGCAGCUCCUCAUUCUGGUGUUAUCUGGGGUCUUGGGCACUGUCACCUUCUUCGCAGCUGAGAGGAUCGCCGUGGUGAACCACAGGGACUCGGAUUACGACAGCAUCUAAGCUGAGGGCAUGUGGCGCCUCGUCUCCUCUUGGCAGAGUCCUUGGCCAAUUAGUCUGCUAGUCAUUAAAUAAGAGUUGCUGCUACUGGACACUGGUAAUGGAGCACCUUGGGAUGUGAGCUUUUUUUUUUUUUUCCAUCCAUGCAUGAUGUGGACCCCACAAUUGCUCCAUUGGCCCAUGGGGACCAUUUACAUUUUGUCCUUUUUCCACCAUAUCUACAGGGGUGGGGGGCUUAAUGUGGCUUUCCUAACCCAAAGCUUGUGACUCAAAAGAAUUCCUUCCUGGGACUAAUCGGCUUCUUGGGAAACAGAAACCGAAAUGGAAGGUAAUCCUCGGCCCUGUAGUUUCAAGUUACGAUACGUGAUGUUUGCCCCAUGGCUGCCAAUGACCCCUUGCAGUAGUUCAGCCCACAAUCUCAUCUGAUCAGUCAACAAGAAAAGCCCACCCGCCACAAAACUGGGUGCUGCCAAGCGGCUUGGAAGAAAUAUUUGCUGCUGGUCCUGACCAUCCAUCGUCGAUUGUGGUGACAGUGGGUGGCCUACUAAAUAUCUUAGUGUCACUUUACUUUAUUUUGGCAUUCGCAACCUUGGCACAAAUGGGUAACACCUGCCCCAGGGGGGUUGCUUCAUCGAGAUGGCUCUUGGAUGUGGGCAUCACUGGCAUCACACAACGUCUUUGUGGCGUAAAGCCCAAGUCCUGUGAAAGAGAGGGUUUCACUGCCAGGGGUGCUGCUUUGUGGAUUGUGCCCACACAUUUCUCUGACACGUCCAGAGUCCAGAUGACCAAUCACUGACGGGAGUGAAUGUGCUGCUGGUCUUUAGCCCCCUUGUUCACCGAUGACGUGUUCCCCAGUUUUAAGUUUUGAAGUUACUGACACACCCGGCACCAUGGCGCGACUCGAAUGGCUUGCAGGUCUUGCGGACGCCCUUUCUUUUCUCAGUCCCACCUGUUGCACAUGGCUGUUGUUUUAAUUUUAAUUUUUUUUUUUUUAUAUAUAUAAAGUGAAGCCGGUCCAUGUGCCUCGCGAAUAUUAAAAGAGGACUGAAGCUUGAAAGCAAAGCCCCCUGUGGUUCCCAGCUUGUACUCUCCGUAGCUCCGUGUGGGAGGCACAAUCCGGCCGACCAGUUUUUCCGCUCUGUGACCUUCUUUCCAAUCUGACGGUGCUUGGGCUUCUCCAGGCAUGUGACUAUCGACUCAAAAGUUUCAUCAUUUUUUUUUUACUUUUUCCUGCAUUAAUACCACAUCCACUACGGGCUGGCGUGACCGCUGUUGGCACCCAUCUACUCCUCCCGCACUUUUCACUUGGCAAGAGUGAGUCGGAUUUUCUCCUCCGUGGAUGUUGAAAUCAGCUUUGACUCCACAUCACAAGUGUGUCAGCUUCUUCUUUUCAAAAUUAUGGAAUUCAAUAACAAAAAGUAAUUUGUGUGGGCAGCUAUUCUGCACGCUUUGUUUUUUGCUUAUCUUCUAGUCACUUGCAAGCAGACAACCCAUCAAUGGAGGCGUCCAAAUGUGAACGAGCAUCAGAAUUAAAAUGGUCACAGCACCCCAGGGGUUUGGGCUAAAAUCUCCAAAGUGCUGCUGACACCCGCCAUGCUGAAUGAUUACUGGCCAUUGGCUAACACAGAGCCCGGCCUUAGUGAAAUGACCAAAAAUGGUUCAAGCCAAACACGACUGGGAUGUCUGGGAGUUCACUGCUCAUUCGUUAGUGCAAAUCCAGCUGUUGGACUUUUUAAAGAAAAGGGAGAUAAAGGCGCUGAUCAUUUUAGUGUGCAAUUCAGUGAAUUCACGACUGGACCCUUUUUACGUUUUUUUUUUUCUCUCUUUUUAUGAAUAAAACAACACUGUGAUUAUUUGAUGAUGUACCGGAAA